UGUUGAUCCUCAACCAAAAGUGCCUUGCACAGCGCUGAGCAAGUCCGUCUGAAACCAAGAGUUGUCCACCAAAGGGUGGCAGUUCAAGUCCAUUUACCGUAAAUGGACCUAGCUAGCUAGAGUCAAGCAGAAGUGAGAUAGUAAGAUGAAGUUACCCCCCGUCUCUUCCAGUUACAGUAGGGCACUUGGACUGAUCCUUGGUUGCUGCUUGUGGACCGAGGUUGUCGGUUUUUCCGUCCUUCCUUCCCGCCCAAUAUUUCUUCGCUCCUCUGCUUUGGCUGUCAAGGUAACUUCCGAUGACUUGCCAGAAGAUGAAGUGGACGUGGUUGUCAUUGGGUCUGGCUUGGCAGGACUAUCGUGUGCCGCAUUGCUCUCCUACUGUGACAAACGAACCGUGGUCCUGGAAUCCCACGAUGCUCCCGGUGGCGCAGCACACACAUGGGAACGACGAGGCUUUCACUUUGAAUCCGGUCCAUCUCUAUACUCGGGCUUGAGCAUGGACGAGUCACCCAAUCCACUCAAGAACAUUUUCCAAAUUGUCGGUGAAGAUUGCGACUGGAUCACAUACGACCGCUGGGGUACCGUGUUGCCCACGGGAGAAAAGUUUGCUGCCAAAAUUGGACCCGAAGAAUUUGGAGAUGUGCUGGAAAAGUAUGGAGGGGAGGGUGCCCAGGAAGAGUUUGCUGCCAUCAUGGAGAGAAUGGCACCAUUGUCCAAUGCGGCACAAGCACUGACAUCCAUGGCGUUGCGAGAAGACGCCGGGGCCAUAUUGACACUCUUGAAAUAUCCAAUGGAACUCUUUGAGACACUCAAGCAGGGACAAGCACUCAACGAACCAUUCAGUGUCAUCGUAGAAGAAAUGCAACUCGAAAACAAGUUUGUCAAGAAUUGGUUGUCGAUGCUUUGUUUCCUGUUGCAGGGGCUACCGGCUGAGGGGACGAUGAAUGCGGUUAUAGCAUACAUGCUCGCUGAUUGGUACCGCCCUGGUGUCACUCUGGACUUUCCAAAGGGAGGUAGUGGGGCCAUUGUGGAGACUCUGGUAAGAGCCAUUCGAAAGUAUCAGGGACAAGUUUGCUUGAAUGCGCACGUUGACGAAAUCUUGGUGGAAGACGGCAAAGCAUGCGGAGUCAAACUCAACAAUGGCAAAGUAGUACGAGCCAAGCAUGCAGUGGUUUCAAAUGCUGAUCCAUACGUCACGCAAAAACUCUUAUCAAAAGCUGACAUAUCCAAUGACAUGAAAGAGUACAUGGCCAAGCUCACAGAAACCGAUCCAACACAAGACGGUAUCCCGGAUUUGAAGAGUUUUAUCCACAUUCAUGCCGGCAUUGAUGCGGCGGGGCUUCCAGAGAAGCCGAGCGCGGACUUCCCGGCACAGUGGGCCGUCAUCAAAGACUGGGAUUUACCGGAAGGAGUGGAAGCACCCCGCAAUAUUGUUCUAUGUAGUAUGCCCUCCUUGAUCGAUCCCACGUUGGCGCCCGCAGGAAAACAUGUGUUGCAUGCCUACGUUCCUGCCACGGAACCGUACGAAUGGUGGGCUGGAAUGGAUCGCAACUCGGACGAGUACAAACAAAAGAAGGAUGAAGCGGCUGACUUCCUUUGGUCUGCCAUUGAGCAAUAUGUCCCCAAUGCCAGAGAUCGAGCUGUUCCCGGAACGGUACAAAUCGGGACACCUCUCACCCACGAACGAUUUCUUCGAAGAACGAGGGGAGCUUAUGGUCCAAGGGUGGAGGCGGGGAAACAAACUCUACCAGGGCACACCACUCCCCUGAAAGGGCUUCUUUUGACUGGUGACUUUACUUUCCCUGGUAUUGGAGUUCCUGCUACUGCGGCAUCUGGUGCCAUCACAGCGAAUACAUUAGUGUCAGUUCCACAACACUUCAAGAUGCUCGACCAAAUUCGGUUGCCCCAAAAGUAGGCUCGCAGCCACGCUAUUCACAUCCUCCAUGUGGUUCCAUUGCUGUAGAUAACUUUUGAUUUGAUGACAAACAGUACAUACAUGCAUCCCCUCGCCUUACAUGUACCUUUCCCUGUGCCAUCUACCUAGAUGGCUACGGCUAGUUAGAAGUAAAAAGUCACCGAGUUGGCAUCAUGCUGGUCGUCCCU